AUGUUCAGCUACAUACAGAGCUUAGAAGACAGGGUGGCUUUCCUCGAAUCUCAACUCGCCGACAGAGCAAAGCUGGACUUUCAGUCGACUUCGGAGAAGUUUCCUCCAAUGCCCCCGAGUGGGAGGUCCUCAUCCAGAGAUCCAAUUGAGCAAGUGGCAUCCAAGAGUCUGGAUGCAGACGUCUUUUACAACACUAUCACAACUUCCAACGGACAAUCCCUUCUUCGCUCAUUGCUAGCUGAGCCGAUUGGGAGCGUUUCGCAGACAUCGAAACCAAACGAUCAUCGAGCACUUCUAGAUGAAUUACCCAGUGAGACACGAGCUCUUCUACCUGGUCGAGAUGGGGCAACGCGACUGAUUGCCGCCUACUUCGAGCAUUGCGAAUUUUUCUCUCCCAUCAUACCACCGAAGGCUGAAUUUUCCUCCUCAAUCGCGUUGCUAUAUGAUGAGGGCUCGGACGGCCAGAACGUACUUCAGGAUUACUCUGAGGUAUCACCGAGUAUGUUCCGCGCAUACAUCGUCUUUGCCACAGCAGUCUUGUUGCUCAACAGGACGGAUUCCGCAUUCCCCAUAUCCAGGGCAGACAGCUACUUUGCUUCAGGGAUCCGGCUACUUGCCCACAGUCCAGCCGUCAUAUGUACUGGCGAUCUCGGUCAUAUGUGCAACCUGGUCCUCGUGGCACAGUAUUGUUGCUUCGCCUCUAAUCUGAGUGGGGCGUGGCAUUUUAUUGGCCUGGCGUCCAGACUGGCAGUCGAGCUUUCUCUGCAUGAUGAGCGUGCCGUUGACGCAAAAUUCAGUCAAGAUUAUGUCAACCAGUGCCGAUGGCUCUUCUGGGCAUGGUACACAUUGGAGCGAAACCUUUGCGUUUGUGGGAAGACCCUUCUCGAUUCCAGACGGACAGCUCCGCUUCUUCUGGCGCACGACGCAUAA